GCCGCAGUCCGGGCGUGCUGGGCGGCAAGGGCCGGACUCGGCUUCCCGACGGGCUGCGCGGCGGCCGGGUGGGUGUCGGCGGGGCAGUCCGGCGGGCAGCGGCGGUUCCGGUGCGGCACAGCGGGCGGACGAGCGGGCGGGACGAGCUGAGCGGGACCAAGCGGGAUGCGGAGCCGCCGCCGCCGCUCCCCCCGCUUCUUAAGAGUCUGAGACCCGCCCCCUGCCCAGGCCCGCAGUCCGAGCGUUCCGCGCGUUCCGAGCGCGGGCCCGGCCCAGCGCCGGCUGCGGCCGCGUCCCCGUCCAGUCUCGGGCGGCCCGCCCCCUGCCUGCGCCCCUUCCCCAUGCGCGGCGCCCAUGCGGACUGAGCCCCGCCCCCCGGCCCCGAGCCCGCCGAGCGCCGCCGCCGGAGCCCGAGCCGCCCACCCGCACCAUGCUCAAGUGCAUCCCGCUGUGGCGCUGCAACCGGCACGUGGAGUCGGUGGACAAGCGGCACUGUUCGCUGCAGGCCGUGCCCGAGGAAAUCUACCGCUACAGUCGCAGCCUGGAGGAACUGCUGCUCGACGCCAACCAACUGCGCGAGCUGCCCAAGCCCUUUUUCCGGCUGCUGAACUUGCGCAAGCUGGGCCUGAGCGACAACGAGAUCCAGCGGUUGCCUCCCGAGGUGGCCAACUUCAUGCAGCUGGUGGAGCUGGACGUGUCCCGGAACGAUAUCCCUGAGAUCCCGGAGAGCAUCAAGUUCUGCAAGGCUCUAGAGAUCGCGGACUUUAGCGGGAACCCCCUCUCCAGGCUCCCUGAUGGCUUCACUCAGCUGCGCAGCCUGGCUCACCUGGCCCUGAAUGAUGUGUCUCUGCAGGCACUGCCCGGGGACGUGGGCAACCUCGCCAACCUGGUGACCCUGGAGCUCCGGGAGAACCUGCUCAAAUCCCUGCCAGCGUCCCUGUCUUUUCUGGUCAAGCUGGAACAGCUGGAUCUGGGAGGCAACGACCUGGAAGUGCUGCCAGACACUCUGGGGGCUCUGCCCAAUCUUCGGGAGCUGUGGCUUGACCGCAACCAGCUGUCAGCACUGCCCCCGGAGCUCGGGAACCUGCGGCGCCUGGUGUGCCUGGACGUGUCGGAAAACCGGCUGGAGGAGCUGCCUGCUGAGCUCGGCGGGCUGGUGCUGCUCACUGACCUGCUGCUGUCCCAGAACCUGCUGCGGAGGCUGCCCGACGGCAUCGGUCAGCUGAAGCAGCUGUCCAUCCUAAAGGUAGACCAGAACCGGCUGUGCGAGGUGACUGAGGCCAUCGGGGACUGUGAGAACCUCUCUGAGCUGAUCCUCACGGAGAACCUGCUGAUGGCCCUGCCCCGCUCCCUGGGAAAGCUGACUAAGCUGACCAACCUCAACGUGGAUCGGAACCACCUCGAGGCACUGCCGCCCGAGAUCGGGGGCUGUGUGGCACUCAGCGUCCUCUCCUUGAGGGACAACCGCCUGGCCGUCCUGCCACCAGAGCUGGCCCACACGGCAGAGCUGCACGUGCUGGACGUGGCGGGGAACCGGCUGCAGAGUCUGCCAUUCGCGCUCACCCACCUCAAUCUCAAGGCCUUGUGGCUGGCAGAGAACCAGGCGCAGCCCAUGCUCCGGUUCCAGACGGAGGAUGAUGCCCGGACCGGCGAGAAGGUGCUCACCUGCUACUUGCUGCCCCAGCAGCCCCCACCCAGCCUCGAGGAUGCUGGGCAGCAGGGGAGCCUCUCGGAGACCUGGAGCGAUGCCCCCCCGAGCCGCGUCAGCGUCAUCCAGUUCCUGGAGGCCCCCACAGGUGAUGAGGACGCUGAGGAAGCUGCAGCCGAGAAGCGGGGCCUACAGCGCCGGGCCACACCUCACCCCAGCGAGCUCAAGGUGAUGAAGAGGAGCAUCGAGGGGCGGCGGAGCGAGGCCUGCCCUUGCCAGCCAGACCCUGGGUCACCCUUGCCUGUGGAGGAGGAGAAACGGCUGAGUGCCGAGUCUGGCCUGAGUGAAGACUCUCGCCCGUCUGCCAGUACAGUCUCUGAGGCUGAGCCCGAGGGCCCAUCGGCUGAGGCACAGGGUGGGAGCCAGCAGGAAGCCAUGACUGCUGUUGGGGAGGAAGACGCCGAAGAGGACUACGAGGAGCCCACAGUGCAUUUCUCAGAGGACGCACUGCUGCCUGGGGACGACAGGGAGAGCGAGGAGGGGCAGCCUGAGGCCCCCUGGACCCUGCCGGGCGGGAGGCAGCGGCUCAUCCGCAAGGACACGCCUCACUACAAAAAGCACUUCAAGAUCUCCAAGCUGCCCCAGCCCGAGGCUGUUGUGGCCCUGCUGCAGGGCAUGCAGCCCGAUGGGGAGGGCCCUGUGGCUCCCGGGGGCUGGCACAAUGGCCCCCAUGCACCCUGGGCUCCUCGGGCCCAGAAGGAGGAGGAAGAGGAGGAAGAGGGUAGUCCUCGGGAGGAGGAGGAAGAGGAGGAGGAGGAAAACAGGGCUGAAGAGGAGGAGGCCAGCACUGAGGAGGAGGACAAGGAGGGGGCCGUGGCUUCUGCACCCUCUGUCAAGGGGGUGUCGUUUGACCAGGCCAAUAACCUGCUGAUAGAGCCUGCUCGCAUUGAGGAGGAAGAGCUGACCCUCACCAUCCUGCGGCAGACUGGGGGCCUGGGCAUCAGCAUUGCGGGCGGCAAGGGCUCCACACCCUAUAAGGGGGACGACGAGGGCAUAUUCAUCUCUCGGGUGUCCGAGGAAGGCCCUGCGGCCCGGGCUGGAGUCCGUGUGGGUGACAAGCUCCUUGAGGUGAAUGGUGUGGCUCUGCAGGGCGCCGAGCACCAUGAGGCCGUGGAGGCGCUCCGGGGGGCCGGCACUGCCGUGCAGAUGCGAGUGUGGCGGGAGCGCAUGGUGGAGCCCGAGAACGCGGUCACCAUCACGCCUCUGCGACCUGAGGAUGAUUACAGCCCCCGAGAGCGGCGGGGAGGGGGGCUGCGCCUGCCCCUGCUCCUGCCUGAGAGCCCUGGGCCCCUCCGUCAGCGCCACGUGGCCUGCCUGGCACGCAGCGAGAGGGGGCUGGGCUUCAGCAUUGCUGGUGGGAAAGGCUCGACACCCUACCGGGCUGGUGAUGCGGGCAUCUUCAUUUCCCGCAUUGCCGAGGGCGGUGCUGCUCACCGCGCGGGCACACUGCAGGUUGGCGACCGCGUCCUCUCUAUUAACGGAGUGGACGUGACUGAGGCCAGGCAUGACCACGCCGUCUCCCUGCUGACCGCUGCCUCCCCCACCAUCGCCCUGCUGUUGGAGCGGGAGGCUGGGGGCCCUCUUCCUCCCAGCUCUCCGCCACAUUCCUCACCCCCCACCGCUGCUGUUGCCACCACCAGCACCACCACCACCACCAGCAUAACCACUGCCACCCCCGGGGAGCCUGGGUUGCUGAGCCUGGCCCCCAGCCUGCUGGCCGCCGCCUUGGAAGGGCCAUACCCAGUGGAGGAGAUCCGUCUGCCAAGAGCUGGGGGUCCUCUGGGGCUUAGCAUUGUCGGAGGCUCCGACCAUUCCAGCCACCCGUUUGGUGUCCAGGAGCCUGGUGUGUUCAUCUCCAAGGUGCUCCCGCGGGGCCUGGCCGCUCGCAGCGGCCUGCGGGUUGGGGACCGCAUCCUGGCAGUGAACGGGCAAGACGUGCGGGACGCCACGCACCAAGAAGCAGUCAGUGCCCUGCUCCGGCCCUGCCUGGAGCUGUCGCUGCUGGUGCGGAGGGACCCGGCACCCCCGGGCCUACGGGAGCUGUGCAUCCAGAAGGCGCCCGGGGAGAGGCUGGGCAUCAGCAUCCGCGGGGGUGCCAGGGGCCACGCUGGCAACCCCCGCGACCCCACAGACGAGGGCAUUUUCAUCUCCAAGGUGAGCCCCACAGGGGCGGCCGGGCGCGAUGGUCGGCUGCGUGUGGGUUUGCGGCUGUUGGAGGUGAACCAGCAGAGCCUGCUGGGCCUGACGCACGGCGAGGCGGUGCAGCUGCUGCGCGGUGUGGGCGACACCCUCACCGUGCUGGUCUGUGACGGCUUCGAUGCCAGCACCACCGCAGCCCUGGAGGUGUCCCCAGGUGUCAUUGCCAACCCCUUUGCGGCAGGCAUCGGCCACCGGAACAGCCUGGAGAGCAUCUCUUCCAUCGACCGGGAGCUGAGCCCUGAGGGCCCAGGCAAGGAGAAGGAGCCGCCUGGACAGACCCUGCACUGGGGGCCCGAGGCCACAGGAGCCGCGGGUCGGGGUCUGCAGCCCCUGAAGCUGGACUACCGUGCCCUGGCCGCCGUGCCCAGCGCUGGCAGCGUGCAGAGGGUACCGUCUGGAGCAGCUGGAGGGAAGAUGGCUGAAUCUCCCUGCUCCCCUAGUGGCCAGAAGGUGGCAGCACCCAUGAGACCCAGCCCCAGCUCAGCCCCUCACAGGCAAGAUGUCAGCCCCAGCCAGCCGCCCUCCCCGCCUUCCCCGGAUGAGCUGCCCGCCAAUGUGAAGCAGGCCUACAGGGCCUUCGCGGCCGUGCCCAUUUCUCAUCCUCCUGAGGAUGCCCCUGCCCAGCCCCCCACGCCUGGGCCUGCAGCCUCCCCGGAGCAGCUGUCCUUCCGGGAGCGGCAGAAGUACUUUGAGCUGGAGGUGCGCGUGCCCCAGGUCGAGGGCCCCCCUAAGCGCGUGUCGCUGGUGGGUGCUGACGACCUGCGGAAGAUGCAGGAGGAGGAAGCCAGAAAACUACAGCAGAAGAGAGCGCAGAUGCUGCGGGAGGGAGCAGAGGCCGGGGCCGAAGCGAGGCUCGCCUUGGACGGGGAGACGCUGGGCGAGGAGGAGCAGGAGGAUGAGGAGCCACCCUGGGCCGGCCUGAGCCCCACCUCAAGGCAGAGCCCAGCGUCCCCCCCACCCCUGGGAGGCGGCGCCCCGGUGCGGACGGCCAAAGCUGAACGGCGCCACCAGGAACGGCUGCGCGUGCAGAGUCCGGAGCCACCAGCACCCGAGCGUGCCCUGUCCCCUGCCGAGCGCCGGGCCCUGGAGGCCGAGAAGCGUGCUCUGUGGAGGGCAGCCAGGAUGAAGUCAUUGGAACAGGACGCUCUCCGAGCACAGAUGGUCCUCAGCAGGUCCCAGGAGGGCCGGGGCACGCGGGGGCCCCUGGAGCGACUGGCCGAGGCCCCUUCCCCUGCACCCACCCCGUCACCCACCCCUGUGGAAGACCUCGGCCCCCAGACCAGCACCUCCCCGGGACGCCUGGUGAGGAGCCGGUGGCUAUGCCUUCCCUUCACCCCCGAGGCAUGGGGGGGGUCUGGCCUGCCCCCACCCCCGUGGCCCUCACCCCCCCUUCCUCUCACUCUCUGCCUCUCCCCUCACGCUGUCCUUUCAAGCCCUUGUCUGGAAAGAAGUUUGACUACAGGGCCUUUGCGGCCCUGCCUUCUUCCAGACCUGUCUAUGACAUCCAGGUACCUGGCCUCCAGGCCUCUGCAUGCCUGCCACCCUGUCCGUGCCUGCCACUGCCUCCAUCCGCUCCCGCAGGGCCUCCCCGCACUCUGCUGUGGCCCUGCCUCUUCACCCCCCCUCCCCCUUCAGCCGGGCUGUGUGGGCCUCAGGGCUGGGAGCCCACCCGUCCACGUGGGUGGUUUGGGGCAGGUAUGGCACCCGCCUGACCAACACUCUCCCCAUCACAGUCGCCGGACUUUGCUGAGGAGUUGAGGUCCCUGGAACCAUCUCCCAGCCCUGGUGAGUGGGGGCCGGGCUGGGGUGAGCUCCCAGGAGCCCAGGUGCCCUCAGCUCACUGCCCACCUGUCCCUGCCCGCCAGGCCCGCAGGAGGAGGAUGGAGAAGUGGCUCUGGUGCUUCUGGGCAGGCCCUCACCCGGCGCCGUGGGCCCUGAAGAUGUGGCGCUGUGCAGCAGCCGCCGCCCCGUAAGGCGCCGUGGUCUGGGCCCUGUGCCCUCCUAGAGGAGCAGGCGCCUCCCCCAGACUUGGGGUGGGGGCCCUGCCAGCUCCAGCACCACCCUUGCCCCAAGUCUUUUAACCUGGGUGUUAGCAUUUUAAAGAGACCCCACAGGAGUUCUGGCCUCUGACUAACUGCCCCACCCCAGCCGAGACCUCGGCGAGACUGUAACUAGUGAUGUUUGUACAACCAAAGACUCUAUUUUGUGGUUUAAGGAGAAUAAAGUUGACUACAUUUUA